UCACAACUCAUGUCGUAUUAUCACACCUGGUUUCAGCUUACCAGAUUUCUAUUGUGAUUCAAUUCUGUUGACAGUCUCCAGCGUGCAAUGAAGGUGUUUGGCUGGAUAGGUUCUCUCUUCCUCGUAAUACAGCAAAGCAUCCUGGCUCCUGUCCUCUCAGUCUGCACUUUCUUGGCAGGAUUGGUCAAAAUAUUUUCGUCUCUCGGUGCUGUGUUUAACUUCAUUGCUGGGAGAAAGAGGCCAAGUCAGCCUACAACACAUCAUGCAGAUCCUGCUCCUAAAAGACCAAGGACGGACAUAGAUGUGGUGGGAAAGGAUUCAUCUGGUUAUUCCCCUUACGUCCAGACAACCGGCGUGGAGGCAGAGAACGCAUCAGACGUGAAAGAGGUGUUGCAUGGUGUCCGGAGACUGAAUACAACGGGCAUCAAGAACGGCAGUGCUGGCACCGUCAUAACAACCGGUAUAUGUCUAGGGAGUUUACGGAGCAGGGCGAGAGACUGAUGAUGGUCAACGAACAUCGACAUCAAUUGAUUGUGACAUUGAUGUUGUUUCAAGCCUUCGUACCGGAUUCGAUUUUGCUAAUUUUAUCCACCAUUUGUUUGUGUUGUCCAGACUUGGUGGUCUGCAAGCGAUCAUUGUAUGGCUGGUAUGUUGCCAAGUGUGACGUUAAACAACAACAACAACAACAGGUCGAUCAGUCACUCUUUUCUCCCUGUGGCCUGACAGUAGGUGGAGAUGAACCUCCUACGUGUUUCUCUCACGAUAAAGUGUUCACCAUCAAGCAUAUUCUGCUUCACUGCGUGGACUGUAUAAAUGCAAGGGAUUCACAUUAUGAAGCAAAAAUCUGAAAGUUGACAGCAUAUAUAUUAUGAACUACUUAAGAGAAAUUAGUCUCAAUCAUAAAUUGUAACUAUGUGUUUGUGUGACAAAUUGGCUGUUUUUAAAUCUGGUUUUAUGAUGUUAUCUAUUUGUAAAUAACUCUGUAAAUGAGAAAUAUGUAUUUUAAGAAAUUCCUUUAAACUUUGUUGUUAAGAUGGAGAUGUGUAUAUGUGCACACUUGGUCUCAUUGUUAUAUGGCUAAAAUAAUCCAAUGCAACUCCAAAUUUUAACCCACUCACCUUCACUCACUCACAAGAAAACAAGCUCAGUUGGGUAGCCUGGUCGAACUUACUCACCCACAACAAAUCACCACAUUAAAUUUCUCCUCGACUAUGAUUCAUCAUCCACAAUGAACAUUGAGGUACGGCAGCUAACCCUGGGAAGUGAAAACUUUGUCAAAACAUCGAAUACACCGUAGAUUCAUACUUCUGUGUGUGUGUGUGUGUGUGUGAGAGAGAGAGAGAGAGAGGGAUAUGAUGACUUUAAGAGGAGGGCGGUUGUCACCCAUUUUGAUCUGGUGAGGUAGGAGUGGUCAUCCAUUUUGUACACAUGUACUAGGGGUCAUCAAUUUUGUACAUGUAAAUAUUA